AUGGGCGAUUCCGGCGAAUGCUUACUAUGUCUUGGCACUCCUGACGACCAAUCGGUCCACCGGUGGGACACGUUUGAUCGUGUCGUUCGGUCAGGCUUCUUCUUGACACUAGACACCACCAACUGGACUCUAGUCACGGCUCUAAUCACUAUCGCCCUCACCAUUCUCAUUAGGAGAUUGCUAAGGCCUUUCGCCGCCUUACUCUUCGUCUUUCUUCCAGACGCCUGGCGUGACUGGCGAAUCGACCAAUUCCGUGUAAUUCUGGCAAACACCACCUCGGCUCCAGACGCCAUCUUUAACGUAGCCGUCUGGCGGCUGUUGAAGACACGCUCGUCGCCAGCCUGGGGAGCAUCGGCCCUUUGGCUCGCCUUCGCCUUCUCCAUUCUCAUUCUAUCGCCUCUUAGUGCGUUUGCAGUCUCUAAGCUACCGGCCGUUCCUGGAAACCUUCGCCGUGGGGAUGAUUAUGUCUGCCCGGCCUUCUUCCACUUUCCUGAUCAAAGCAACGAGUUGGCCUUCCAGCAACCAUCCAUAGCCCGCGCCUUCGACAGGGUUGACAGUACGUCGCCGAAUUAUACGUCAUUAAAUGCAGCGGCCAUUGGCCUGCAUCAUCCUGAGGAUCGAGUCUACUAUCCCCAGGGGUGUCCAGACUGGGCGCCGGUCUGCAAUCGUAAUCGGACUCUUCUCGUUGGUAUGGACUACUGGAUCACGCCCCGCGACCUGGGCGUGGGCGGAGCUGGCGAUGUUCGGUUCGGAGUCUCGGAGCAUUGCUAUUUAACUGAAUUUCACUCCCGCCUUGUCGAGGUGCGCGAUGGUUACAAUGUUUACGGGGUCUUAUAUGGAGACUGGGUUGAUACAAGCACCAACAAAUCCGAAUAUGCUGAUAGAUACGGCCCGAUGGUCACGGAUACGUGGCACAGUUUGGCGGCGAAUUCUGCUGGAGCGUACGAAUUUACACCAUUUUCCUCUACGAAUGACACGCUUCUUAGGAACCAGUUGCGAGUGAAUGACACGAUUCGGCAUGCCGGAGAUCUAACGCUGCUCCUGCUGACGCAAUGGGGAGUUCGAGUGCAAGGUCAAAGCAAUGAUCCCCUCUUCCCCACUACUAACUACACCAAUCUAACACGAGGUGAUAUUCGUUUCACUGGUAGAUUAAUCGACGCACUCAUGUGCAAUACUACGUACUCCUACUGCGUGAAAUCAAAAGGCGCUGAAGAAUGCACCACUCCAGGACGCUUCGCCAACCUCAAGAAUUCAGUUUCGAAACUAACGAACCUCAGCCUGUCUACCAAGGGCUUUCUAGAAGUUUUGACCUUAAGCAGCUAUGCACCGCCGAUUGGCCAGGUACUUCCCCACAUCAACGGUGUGUUGGCUUCGCAGACUCUCGUCGGCUCGCCUCGCUACCAGAUCGCUCCAGAAAAGGUCAGCGGCCGGUCAGAGCUGCUACGUCUGAUGCUUUCCGGGCGUCAAUUCCUUAUAGCUGGCAACCCUGCCUAUGAGUACUGGAAGCGCAGUCUGUCGCCCAUCACUCAAACCAUGCCGGAGAUAGUCGUGCUGGAUAACAUCACCAACAUUAACGCUGAAUUUAACCAGUCGUUGGACGGUAUCGCCCGCAUGUUCACCACCCACGCCAUCCAGAGCAUGUGCUCCCGCACUCUCAUCGACGACCCCCAGUAUGUUAUUGUCGCCUGCACCGCAAUCGUUACUAUUGCCGUGCUCUGGUUCGUCAUCAUCCUCCUUACGAUUCCCCCACUCACACGCCGCCUUUUUCCGCGGCAGCGUCCGUUGCUUUUGAGUUGGAGAACCAGGGGAGUUGGCCAGCUACAUCGCCUCUUGGUCGAGCAGCUGACCAAUAAGUCCUGGCCAGGUUUGGCUUCCGAUGAAUGGCCCCAAGGGGUUGGCGAGGUGCCCCUGUUUGGCCCAAGCGGUCAAGAGGUUGCUUAUGAGCUUGUUGAUGGCGGCCAGCGUAAAUAUCAAGGCUUUAAGUUAAUUCAUGAGCAAGAAGAGACUGGUAUUUAA